CGUGCGGCCGGGCACCCCGCGCUCCCCCAGCGCUGAGUGUCUGAGAGCCGUUGGCGGCUCUGAACCGUUUGGCUCCUUCCCUUAGUAACAGCUUUUACAUUCUGCCUCAAUUCCUCUUCAAUCGAAAUCACACACACACACACACAGAGCGAUCCCUGCCCUCCCCCCCUCUCUCAGCCCUCCCCCCUCGCUUCCCCCACCCCCCCUCUCUGGCUUGGGAUAUCAUUGACUAUCACAGCCCUGUGGGGUGGCUAUUUAUCCCCCCCCCUUUUUUUUUCUCUAUUUUUUUGUUGUUGUUGUUGCUUGGAGUGGGCACCUCAGCUGAGAGGGAGCGUGUGUGUGUCUCUAGCUGGAUAAAGAGGAGGAAACCCAGGGUGCCUUUCUUUUGCCUCCAUUGCACAGGCAAAGGGGGGAGGGCAAAAGCAGCCACUCAGCCAUCAGCUACAAGAGAGAAGAGAACUGAUAAAAAGAAUGCCAAAGACAUACAGAGCCAUCACAAAAAUGAAAUUACCGAAAAGAACAAAUACAAAUAUAACAUAAGAUCACUGCCAUGGAAAACAGAGCAAGUUCUGUCUAGAUUCAGGGCCAGAUCCUCAGCUGGUUUAAAUCUGCACAGCUCCACUGAAAUCAAGAGACUUGCCAACUACUCCAUCCAUAUUGGCCAGGGGUUAAUUUGGAAGCCAUGGCACUCCACUUUCAAAGAAGCACAAACUAAAAUCAGCAUCAUCUUCCUGUGACUGGAGGCAGCAGACAGGAGAACUUCCCUACAUCAAUGCACUGCCAAUGGUGGUGUAAUACCAAGGGCUGCACUGCUGCCACAUCACAAUUUUGUGAGGUUUCAGAGAGUAGUUCUGGGUUAUAUCCUUUGUCGUGACCUCAUGGUUUAAGUGGGAAUAAAGAUGAGUAUAAGCAGUGAUGAGGUUAACUUCCUGGUAUAUAGAUACUUGCAAGAGUCAGGGUUUUCUCAUUCAGCAUUUACAUUUGGUAUAGAGAGCCAUAUCAGCCAGUCUAAUAUAAAUGGUGCUCUGGUGCCACCAGCUGCUUUGAUUUCCAUCAUCCAGAAAGGUCUGCAGUAUGUAGAGGCUGAAGUCAGUAUUAAUGAGGAUGGUACCUUGUUUGAUGGUAGGCCAAUAGAGUCUCUCUCACUGAUAGAUGCAGUAAUGCCUGAUGUGGUACAAACAAGACAACAGGCCUACAGAGAUAAACUUGCACAACAACAGGCAGCAGCUGCUGCUGCUGCAGCUGCAACUAACCAACAGGGCUCUGCAAAAAAUGGAGAAAAUACUGCAAACGGAGAGGAGAAUGGAGCGCACACUAUAGCAAAUAAUCAUACGGAUAUGAUGGAAGUGGAUGGAGAUGUCGAAAUCCCUCCUAACAAAGCAGUGGUGCUACGUGGUCAUGAAUCUGAAGUAUUCAUCUGCGCCUGGAACCCUGUUAGCGACCUUCUAGCCUCAGGAUCUGGAGAUUCAACAGCACGGAUAUGGAACCUCAGUGAAAACAGCACCAGUGGCUCCACGCAGCUGGUUCUCCGACAUUGUAUACGAGAAGGUGGGCAAGAUGUACCAAGCAACAAAGAUGUAACAUCCCUGGAUUGGAAUAGUGAAGGUACACUUCUAGCAACCGGGUCAUAUGAUGGAUUUGCAAGAAUAUGGACUAAAGACGGUAAUCUUGCCAGCACCUUAGGGCAACAUAAAGGACCUAUAUUUGCAUUAAAAUGGAACAAGAAAGGAAACUUCAUUUUAAGUGCCGGAGUGGACAAGACCACAAUUAUUUGGGAUGCCCAUACCGGAGAAGCCAAGCAGCAGUUUCCCUUUCAUUCUGCACCAGCACUAGAUGUUGACUGGCAGAGUAACAACACAUUUGCUUCUUGCAGCACAGAUAUGUGUAUUCAUGUCUGUAAAUUAGGACAAGAUAGACCUAUCAAAACCUUCCAGGGUCACACAAAUGAAGUAAAUGCAAUCAAAUGGGAUCCGACUGGUAAUCUUCUGGCAUCCUGUUCUGAUGACAUGACUUUAAAGAUCUGGAGUAUGAAACAAGAUAGUUGUGUCCAUGAUUUACAAGCACACAACAAAGAAAUUUAUACUAUCAAAUGGAGUCCUACAGGACCAGGAACAAACAAUCCAAAUGCCAAUCUUAUGUUAGCAAGUGCAUCCUUUGAUUCUACUGUUAGGUUAUGGGAUGUAGACAGAGGAAUUUGCAUCCACACUUUAACGAAACAUCAAGAACCUGUGUACAGUGUAGCUUUCAGCCCUGAUGGCAGGUACCUGGCCAGUGGCUCUUUUGACAAAUGUGUUCACAUCUGGAAUACACAGACGGGUGCUUUAGUUCACAGUUAUCGGGGAACAGGAGGGAUUUUUGAAGUUUGCUGGAAUGCAGCAGGAGACAAAGUUGGAGCAAGUGCUUCAGAUGGUUCAGUUUGUGUAUUAGACCUACGGAAAUAGCGCUACUAGUUGGAAGCCAUGGACCGACUAUGAAUGUGUACAUAGCCAAAAUGACUGUCCCUAACCCAUGUACUGCUAUAGUCCCAAUUGAACCAUGGCCAGUCCAGUACAGCCAAAUCUAAAAGAAAUAUAUACAUAUAUUGUAUAUAAAAUAAAAUAAAGAUUACACCCUGAAGAGGAUGACAGAGUUUUGUCACAGCUUGUGAAUCCUGUUCACCAAGUGCUGGAAUCUGCUGUGCCCCAAAAUAACAUUUAGAAGUUUCGCGUAUGAAAAACAGAAGAGAGAGAAAUAUACCAUACAAGAGCAGACCAUACAUGUACCAAAUUUGGAAGAUACUAAUGACAGCCUUUAUUUCUCCCUUUUUAAUCCAGAGUUGCAAUGGUUUGUGGUUUUGUUUCCCCACCCCCUUCUCAGUAGUUGAGCAGUUUGCGUGUACAGAGAAAACGGACUUGCAUAAACCUGCAGCGGUAUUUUGUUCUUUGCUUUUAAACAUUUGGUUUUUUUGUUUCAUUUUGGUUAAGUUUACGGAUGCAUGAAGUAAGGGAGUGAAUCGGUUCCUUGUUUAUAUUUUUUCACCUUUAAACAGAGUUUCUUUUAAAUAUAUAUAUAUUUUAAUGCAUUAUUUCAAGAGGUAGAGUGAACUUGAUAUUUGGUACAUUCUGUGGCUCCGAGAGCACAAUUUUGAGGGGGGAGGGAGGGUGGAAGGAUGGGUGACUGGGGGAGAGAAAAAAGAAACUCACCUCUGAGACGUGACAUUUCAUGUCCUGUUAAUCUAUAAAGUACGUCAGCAAUGGGUAUAAUGCUGUGGAUUUUUUCUAGUGACACGGCUGAAAUGCAGUAGUUUCUUAUUUGGGACAUAAUUCUGCCAAACUUAAGAAUAGAAGGGCGCACGCAUACACACACACACACACACACACACACACACACACACACACACACACACACAAUACAGGGAUGCAAAUAAAUAAAUAAAAAUAUGCAUCUUCUGUUGCUUUGAGACCAUAGCUAAAUUAUGGUUAAAUUGUGCACUAUUGUGAAAAGGAGCAAAAUGUAGUUUUUUGGGUUUUUUGAGAAGGGGGGUGGUUGAUUGGUGGUUGGUUUUUGUUUGUUUUUUUAAAAGAUUAAAAUCUUUUUGGACGCGGGUUCAUGCCACAGCUUCUACAAGACUUGCCCAUCAUUGUUCGUAGGAGCUCAGAUGUCUAAUGUAACCAAAUUCCAGUAUUAAAAGUAUCUAAUGUAAUUUUUCUUUAUACAAAAAAAAAUCUUUGGCAUAUAUUUGAUAACACUGCCGUUAUCAGGCAAAAUGUUUACUACCUUAGAUUUAAAAAAACCUUAGAAACAGAAGACUUGCUUCAAGUUUAUUUGAAUAGCAGUGAUUCAGCUUAUUUAAAAGAUGAAUACUUGCACUAAUUCCCCUGCUGCUCCAGUCCUGCAGUUUGUUGUAUCUUGUGACUACAUUUUUCCCCAAAUAUAAGGUAGAUGUAAGCUGCUAUUUUUUUAAUAAUCACUACUAUAUUGUGUCUUUUACUCUGUUUACAAUAUCAAAUAUUUUUCUUACAGCGACAUAUAUAAGCGGCAAACCUUUUUCUGCUCAUGUGAUUAAAAGUAUAUUGAUAGUGAUUUUAUUUGUAAAUUAUAGCAUGAGGGUCAUGUUUAUGCCUAUAUGGAGUUGAAAGGGUUUUGUCUCGCAUAAGAUUCCAGGCGUAUAAAUCUCUAUAAAUGAGGUUGUCAAAUCUAUGUCACAAACAUUUUACUUAAGAAAUGGUUUAUAUUAGAAAGCUUUGCAAAGUUAUCGGUUUUAUAACACUAUUUCAAUCACAAAUUUAAUUUUGUGGCUUAUGAUCGCUUAACUUUAACUUCUGUAGUUAAGUAUAAAUUGAUUUAACCCAAAUAAUGCAGCUUUUACAUUUUAACAGAAUUGUUCUUUAGGGAUUGAUUUCUGCUGUUGCCACAGACUAACAUGACUUGAAGCAAGUCUGAGUUUGGCUAAGGUAGGGUGGCAGUUUGCCGGUGAUAAAGAGAAUACAUGCAUUCAUAAUAUGUACCCCAGUUAUUAUCAGUGGGGCAGGUAAUACUAUAAUACACGAAUCUAAAAACAACCAAACAUUCAUAUCCAUAAAGGCAGUCAUCCAUGAUGGUUCUGUGCCAGCUGUUUUUAGGGUUUUGGAACAUAUUACUGUUUAGAACAACUACCCGGUGAGUUACAAUAUGUAGGAAACCUAAUAUGUUGAGUGUCUGGCACUUGAAAUAUUGCUUUUAUUGCUGGAGGUCCAUGAUUGUGGCUGACCUCUGUCAUUAUUAAGAAAAAAUAAAAAAAAAUCUGUGCAAUAAUUUUAAACUGUGCUCCCAGGAAUAGACACAAAUGUUUUGAGUAUAUUUAAGCUGCAUUUUUCCUUUAGCAAUGCAUUUGUCGAUUGCACUGAAUUUAAAUUGAAAGUCAGAGGUGAUUCUUGAUAGUACUUUUGUAUUUUAAUAUGGACAGUUUAUUCAUUUUCAUACAAGUUAUUGGAUGGUUGUUUCAGCGAAUUUAAAAAAAAAUGUUGUGGAAUUCUGUGACAUAACUGCAAAACCACAGCCAUGUUUGAUGGUAUUGCCACAUUCUUUUUCUCUCAGUCUUCAGCUGUUUUAGUUUUGAGUAAAUCUAGUUGCUUAAGCAUAAUGUCAAGUAUCCAUAAUUAGAAAAUACAGAGCUUCAUUACCACAGGACUGUGGGUUUUCAGAUGUUUGUACACACUGCAGGAAUAUCAGUUUCAUAGGCCUGGGUGUCUCUGGAUACAUGAGCCAGACAUCAAGCUGGUGUGAAUCACCGAUGCUCUGCUGCAAUGGAGCUAUGAGGAUCGGGCCAGUAUAUUUUUUGCUGCUGUUCUUUAUCAACAUGCCACAGUGCUGCUCCUGUUCUGCACAAACUUCCUCUUGUCUCAUGUAUUAUACAGAGUUAACCAUGUGGGUGCAUGGUGCUUAUUUCCAUGUUUUAUGUGAGGCAAGAAGGAGUACCAUGGUCAUUAGAUUCUUUUCUAGUGCUGAGACUCGUAUAUAGUAGAACAAAAUAGAUUUUCCACACUGCUCCCUUCAAGGCGUACAUGCCUAAUAUUAUUAAGGCCCCAAUUCUGUGAAGACUUAAGCACAUGUUUAACUUUACAUGCUAAAUGUCUCACUGAAGUCAAUGGGACUGCUCCCAGUAUGUGAAGUUAAAGGUGUAUAAAUCUUUGCAUAUGUUUGCUGGAAAAAAUGUUGGCUUACAGAGUGAAUUCUUGGGAGGGAACUUUAGUUAGGGAAAAGUGGGGUCACGUUUGUUGAUGGGAUGAGGCACGGGCUGCUGUCAUGUUUGCAAUCUUUUUUUAUUAUCAACUUAGUAUUUUCUUUUUUUCCCAUUUCUGUAUAAGGAGUUCCAGGUUUUCCUGGAGAUAUCAUCAUUUUCUAUUUUUGCUUUGGCUCCUGUGAUUUAAAAUUGAUGUAAAGAGUCCCAACCCUUUGACUUUGUAGUAGUAUUUACAAAGUCCUCAUAAAAACUUCUUUCUUUUUAAUUCUUUUGUGGUCUUGAUAAUUCAGUUUGUUUGGGGAAUACUUCUUUAGGGGGUUAAAUGGUGUGUCUGGCAGAGGACUGGAACUCUUGUAUGAAAUACUAAAAGUGCCUCUUUUUCUGGGUUGAGGGAAGGAAGUAAUAAUUACCAGAGUUUGAAUGACAUGACAGUUGAAACAUGUUUCUGGAUUUUAGGACACUUUAGUGAAUCUUAACAGAAAGGCCAAAGAUUUGUACCAACUUUAAUUUUUGUUUUUAAAUGCAUUCCUUUUUCCUUACACUGCUUACCUCAUGUUAGGGUAUUUAAGGAGACAUUGCUGACUUUAAAGCGUUCUCCAACUUUAGGAAGUGUAGUAGGUACAAUAGGGCUGUUGUACCAGUUCACCUUAGCUAUAGAGCAAUCUAACAGCUAAUAAAUUUAAUUCUGUCAUAUAAAGGAACUUCAUUAGAAUCGCAAAAGUGGCUUUUCAGCUUGUAAAUGAAAGGUUGUAUGUUUCCUCUGUUUAGUAAAGAGAAGACAGGGGCCAGUUUUCCAGUCCUUACUCAGUCAAAAAUCCCAUUGACUUUUUCACUUCAGGGGGAAGCUUUUGCCUAAGUAACCAUUGGAGGAUUGGGUCCUUCAAAGUAUUGGACAAUGUGACACUUAGGUAUAAUAGGCCAGGAAAAACUUAGUGAGAAUUUUGCUUGAGCAAGCUCUGCAGGAUUUAGCUGAGUAUUCCAUUUGCUUGGCAAGCAGUACUCUCCUACCGACUUCCUCUUCCUACCGAAAAUGCCUGUAGAAUUGUAUGAAGAGGGAUCUCCAGUAGUCUGCACAAAGCAGGAGCAAUAUUGUGGCAUGCUGGAAGAAAGUACUGGUUUGGGAGAUGGCAGUAAAUCUCCAUGAAGAUGCCUGGCAUUUUCCCUGGUGAAGAGGAAGGUGUGAUGCAGUUUUCACUCCUUCCUCUAGUGCAAACUCUGAAAUAUCACGUUCAAUAGUGACUUUUUCAACAUGAAUAUGAUUGAAGGCAGACAAAACAAUAGAAAAGUGCACCGUUUCUUUUUAAAAAUUGCAGAUUUUGUGUUAAUAGUGCUUCAGCUCCGUAGUUUUUGAAGAGCUACAGAAUUCUCCUUUUCAUCCUUUAAGUUUCCAGGGUUGAGGCCUGAUGAUAACUUAGGACAUUAAUUACUUUUUUCUUUUAAGUAACAAGCAUUUUUACUCCAUAAUGGUUUCCUGGCAUUAGAGGAUAAAUUCAGAAAAACAGUCUGCAUGUUGUUGCUAGUCCAGUAUAUUUUGCAGUCUUGUUUCACAACAGACUGCAGUGUGCAGAUCAGUAAUCCUAGAAUACAGAAAUAAUUUUUUCUCUCUCUCCUGACAUUCACACUGUAGUUGUAAUGGUUUCAUUUUGAAGUUACAAAUCCUUUGGGUCUAAUUCUGUGAGCCUUCCUAUAGCACUGGAUUAAAAUGUCUGCAUCAUUUCUUCAGUUAUCCAGUUAAACUACAAUUGUUGUAAAAGUGUAAACCAGCCCAUGACAGUUUUUUGUACUUGUUUAAAGGACUUUUAUUGUUCAGUUUUCAUGAUUAUUGUCUAAAGAAGACUGAUAUAGAUGUUCUAUACUGUCCUGGACCAUGUUAAUUACACUAUGAUGUUAUUUUGGUUCUACAUCACAAUGAUUUGUCCCCAAAACCCAUAUCCCUUCUAGGCACAUUUUCUGUUGCAGUUUCCCUUUGCAUUGUAUUGCUCUGACAACUGUAAUUUGAAUCAGAUCUGAAAGAGGUCCAGAAUAAAAUAUAUUUUGAUAUUA